GGGACGUCUGUCGCCGGCCCUUUUUGCCAAACUGGGGAAAUGCAACUCGGAGCCCGACAUGUUGAUCAAGAAGCUGGCGCCUGAUAUGAGCCGAUCCUGUCAUAAUGGCAUUGUCCUCUGCAUACAGGUGCAGGAGGAGAGAGAGAGCUCCGAGAGGGAGAGAGACAACCAGCGGCCGGGCCGGCGGCCGGAUCUGUACGAGGCUGGGGACCAAAAGUGACAGUGAAGACAGUAACAGCGGGGGCGGCAUGAUAAUGAUUCCCGACCACCAUCAGAGCAACUGCAGGGGCGGCAGCCAAGGGGGUGUGGUACCACCUCCACCGCCGCCAGGGGGCGAAGCACUGAUAGUGCCCCGCAAAAUACACAACCCCUGCAUUGAGUCAACCGACCGUCAGAACUUGCAUCGAGAGCUGCUUUUCAAUCAGAGAAUAGGCAAGAACGUCUUGAACCAAAAGUCAGAACUGCAGAAGGCGCUGGAAAAGCAUAAGGACAACCAGGCGCGUAAAGAGGUAGAGAUGCAGAAACAAGAAGAGAAGACGCCAUUAGAGAGAGUCAUCGAAGAGAGAGCAAGGAGGCUAGAGAGUUACGAAAAAGGAAGCCUGGAAAAUGAGUCCAAAUCCUCGUCGGAAAAACCAGAAUUCCUGCAGGUGCAUGCGCGUCUGCGAGCAAGGAUGGACUCCAAGUAGCCGCCAUCUUGGAUUUUCCAGCUCCGAAAAACAUGCUGUACAUAGAUAUUGUAUAUUCUACUCAUUAUUUUAAGUCUCCUGUAUAUAAAUAGUGUAUAACAAUUACCCAGUGCGUACCUAUCUAAAUUAGAGUGGAGUACUACGUAUAUAUAUAUUUGCCCACAAAGGAUUGCCCCAGUAAUGAGAAAUAUAAUGUAAAUUAGGGUAGAAUGACCUCUAUUUUCCAAAACAUAAUGAAUAUUGUACCCGAAAUUUGUACAAAAAAUACUUCCCUCUUUAUCUUGCCUUCUAAAUUUCGUUAGAAUCUCAUACAUUGCCAAAUAAAUAUUUUUUACAAAUUUUGUCGAUUUUGUACUGGUUUUAUUAGAGAUUAUUACAGUGAGAUACACGUUUAAUCUGUCAGUAUUGUUUAAAUGGGAAAGCAUUGGCGUUAUCAAUACCGAAUACUGACAGUUUAAAAUGAAUUUCAUUAUAAUAUAGUUGUAGAAGUCAUGUCUUGAUGAUUUUCUGUAGUUUUAUCAAUAUUUUUAUUCUCAUUAUAUAUAUAGUUGUAGAAGUCAUGUCUUGAUCAUUUUUUUGUAGUUUUUAUCAAUAUUUUUUAUUGAAUAGAGUAUGUUUCAUUCAGAGUUUUUAUCAGGUUUUGUGAGAAUUUCACUAUAGAUGGAUUUAGUGAUGGGAAGCUGAGUCUCCACUAUCCAUAAAUCAUCCAUUAUCCAUUUUCAUCCAUUAAUUAAAUCUUCACUAUUUCAUUAACCAUCCGUUAUCCAUGAAUUUAAUAAUUCGACUGAGUCAUUGUCAAUAUUGUAGAACCGUUCCAUAAUCGAAUAAAACCACAAAUAUGUUGACAAAUUCUACAUUGAUUUAUUUAGUAUACGACCAAGGUUUCGUGACCACACCGGUCACAUUUUCAAGAUGACUGUCAUUGACAGUCAAUGACAGUCAUUGACAGUCAAUGACAGUCAUUGACAGUCUGUCAAUGGUCGUGUACCAAACCAUGGUCGUGUACUAAAUAAAUCAGUGUAGAAUUUGACAACGUAUAUUUGUGUUUUUAUUCAAUCAUUAAUUUAAUUUUGAUUCAUUGAAUGAUGUUAUCCAUAAGCUUCUUGAUUAAAGCUUCACCCUAUAUUUUGUGAACCUCUCAACCAUAGAGCUAUUUCUUUGUUGAAUAUAUAAGAAAAGUUUCUUACAAUAUUUAUUUAAGAAACACAUAAUAAUCACAUUAUCAUAUAGCAUUACCUAAUGAUUUGAAUCAAGUUUAAGAAUUAAUUUUUCACUUACAUAAGAUAUUACAGUUUGAUUAAUGAAUUUUGAAAAGUUAGGCUGCGUACACUGGUUAGUCAAGACAAGUCUAGUCACGUUUAGUCACAAUACUUCACAUAGUUGCUUAUGAAGACAUGUCUAAUUGCAGUGACUAAUCAGUGUGAGUUGCGUCAUAAGCAACUAUGUGAAGUAUUGUGACUAAACGUGUCUGAUCAUGUCUUGUCUUGUCUUCUCUAACUAGUGUGUGCCUAGCAUAACUAGCAGCAACUAUGUGAAGUAUUGUGACUAAACUUGUCUGAUCAUGUCUUGUCUUGUCUUGACUAACUGGUGUGUGCCUAGCAUAACUUUUCAAAAUUCAUGAAUCAAACUGUAAUAAUCUAAUUUCUAAAGGUGAGAAAUCAAUUGAACAAUUUUAUUCAAACCAUUGGGUAAUUCAAUGUGAUGAUGUGAUUACUAUGUGUUUCUUAAAUGAAUAUUGUAAGAAACUCUUCUUGUUUAUUAAUUUUAUUAUUGAUUCAUAAAGUAUAGGAUACAGUACAUAUAUUGAACUUAUGAUAGAAUUAUGAACAGGGCAUGUAUAAUUGAAGUUAAUAGGUAUAAUGAUUGUGGGAACAGUCUUGAUAAAAAUUAAAAAGUUGGCAAUAUUUUGCAGAACAUUUUAAACACAGAAUAUUGGUGUAUUUUUAUUGAACGAUCUAUUUUUAUAAAUGAUAAAUACUUCUUGUAUCUCCCAGGGUUCUCACUUUAAAAAGGUUUGAGGAAUAAUUUGUGGAUCUCUUAGUAGAAUGCUUAAUUCAAUAGAGCCAUUUUUUCAAAUGUUUUACUUAAGUUGAAUUUUAACAGAAUUGAAAAAAAUCUCAGCUUACAGUAACUAUAUAACCAGUAACCAGUAACUGGUUAUAUAGUUACUAACCUAACCUAACCUAACCUAACCUAACUAUAUAACCAGUAACCAGUAACUGGUUAUAUAGUUUUUGUAGUUCAGCUGUAUCAAUCUGUGUGAUUUUAAAUUUAUUCUAACUGUAAUGAGUAACCUUUGCGUGUUAAUUCUAUAUUAUUUAACAUUCGAUUGGUUGGUUGAUCUUUCAAUCAAUGAAUAUUAUAAUCGAAGUACAAAAAUCUCAUACUUGAUUAUCCAAGUUAACAAAGCAUCUUUUCUUAUGCUGUAUUUUUUUAUCUAUUCAUUCAAGAUGAGCUGAAAUUUAGUGUAUUUUUAUUCAUUUAUUAAUUAUUAUCUGAGAGCUUCCUAGUGAACCUUUAAUUUCAAGUACUCUGAGUUCCAUCUUUAGCUUAAAAAAAAUUGAAAGGAACUAUGAUUUGAUCUAAUAAUAUGAAUCUACUGAUCGUAUUUAAUAUUGGAGGAAUCAAUGAUAUGAUCUAAGAAUGUGAAUUAAUAUAUCUAGUGAUUGUAUUCGAUAUUGGAGAGAUCUAUGAUAUAAAAUAAAGCUAUGAAUUGAAUGAAAAAGACUAAGAAAUUGUCAAAAAUUGAAUUUUUGAAAUUGAAAAUUGAAUUGAAUUUCAUUCAAUAUGAAUAAUUACCACAAUAUCAACUUCUCAACUACACAAAAAGUAAAACUAUGAAUCUACUGCUUGUAUUGGAAGAAUCAAUGAUAUGAUCUAAGAAUAUGAUCGAUAAUAUAUCUACUUGAUUUGAAAAAUCCAAGGAUCUAUGAUGUUGUGAUCCAAGAAUAUGGUAUUAUAAAGUUACUAAACAUGUUUUAUAUUGGAAUAACCUGAGAAGAAGAAGAAAAUGUCAAAGGGGUUUGCAGUCUUCCAAUGUAAAAUUUUGUUUAAAAUUAUUCAUCCAAUUUUCAAUCUAUUGAAUCAUCCUUUGCAUUUGCAGCAAAUUAUAUAUUUUCUAGGGCUGUUGGUUUGUUUUUAACAUCAUUCACACUAAAAAUUCUGCAUUAUUGUUUUCCUGUCAUUAAUAUUCUAAUAAUGCAUGAUCCAACUCUAUCUCUGAAUUAUCAUAAUACCAUAGUCUUCAACGAAUAAAUUAAUGGACCCACUAUCAAAACUAUAGUAUUCUAGAGCUGUUGGUUUGUUUUUGACAUAAUUCACACUAAGAAUUCGGCAUUAUUAUUUUCCUGUCAUUAAUAUUCUGAUAGGCCUAAUGCAUGAUCCAACCCUCAUCUCUGAAUUUAUUA